GUCGUGUCCUGGUGUAUGGUGCUGCAUGAUGAUGGAUGACGGUUGUGGCUGAGGGGACCCUCUUGAGGGAUCGGCGCCGUAAAAGCUGCCGUCCAUGGAGCUGUUUGUAGAUGGAGGACAAACACUCCACCUAUCUACCUAUAACUAUCAACCUACCCGACGAUCGGCCAACGAGCAGCGAGGCGUUACACACCUAGGCGGCAUGCGUUCCUGAAGUUGUUGCUCGCGUGUCUUAAGAGACGUGGGGUAGAAGUCCACCAGUAUAUAACCUUGGAAGAAAAGCUUGGAAGAAGACAAUCAGAUAGCAGUUGUGGUUCCUCCGCGCGUCUAGCGUGUGCAUGAAAACACUGGGCGUCUACUCCGAACACAGCAGUGGGAAAAGAGAGUACAUCUCACACCUCUAUUAUAGGUAAAUGGCUCCCUCGAUACAUCUCCUCUUCCACCUCCUCCUCGUACCCACCCUCUCCAUCGCCCCCAUCUCCCUCGCCCACGCACAAAGCACAGCAGCAGCAGCGUCCGCAGAAUGCCCGUCUUCAACGAUUGAACCGCUGCACGCGCGGCCGUCGGUGGCGUCUGGGUGGUCGGCGCGGGUGGUGGCGAGUGGGUUGACGCGGCCUAGGAGGAUGGUGUUUGAUGGCGAGGGUGGGUUGCUGGUUGUGGAGUGGGGUGUUGGGAUUGCGAGGGUGAGGGUUGGGGGAGGGGGAUGUGUGGGGAUGGGGGAAGAGGGGGUGGAGAGGGUGGUUGGGGAUGGGAGG